AUGAAGACUGACAAGCACGUCUCUUGCCUGGAGACACUCGCAGCAUCAGCUGGUCGUCUGACCAAACACACCAAGUUUGUGCGGGACAUGAUCAGGGAGGUCUGCGGCUUCGCACCCUAUGAGAGACGUGCCAUGGAAUUGCUGAAGGUUUCCAAGGACAAACGUGCUCUGAAGUUCAUCAAGAAGCGGGUUGGCACUCACAUUCGGGCCAAGCGAAAGCGGGAAGAGCUCAGCAAUGUCCUGGCAGCCAUGAGGAAAGCUGCUGCCAAGAAGGAUUGA